AUGGCUGCUUUGGCAGAGACCGGGUUUAUCCGGUUUUGUCAUCUACAACCAAGACCCGAACACUGGCCAUCUUCAGAACGGAAACCCAAAGUAGAGUCACAGUCAGUGGGAGGACAGCCCCUCAACAUACAGUCAGCUGAUGUGGAAAAAGUCCAAAUACAGCUAGACAGCCAGUCCAUUGGAUCAGCUUCUGGAAGGCAUACAAUACUUCCAAGGAGCCAUCCAACACCUCCAAGGAGUCAUUCAACACCUUCAGGAGUGAGUGGGGCAACACACACACAAAUGCAUCUACUCCCUGGAGUACCUGCACAAGUUCCUAAAAAAGCAGUCAUGCCUGCUGAAGUCCUAGGAGUAUGCAAAAGUAGUUGCCAGACUUGUCUCCUGCAGACAAAAACCGAGAUUAUCAAAGGGCUCUAA